AUGAAUCACCUUGUCUCGUACAUUGCAAGUUGGAUUGAUUUCAUACUGUAUCUCUACAUUCACAUUACAUCGAUAAUCAACGCAGUGAUAGUAGUGGCCAACAAAAAGGACCCUCAUCAGCAAUCCAGCGCUCCAGCAGCAAAGGACGUUGCAUUAAGGAACCGACGUCGAAACCAUCGUCCAAUGCAGCCACCAUCACAACGAAACCAACGCUCGUCAAAAAGACCUGUUCUCGAUAAAAUACCCAAUGAAAUCCUCAUCAUGAUGUUUGAAUCGAUGAAUGCGGCUGAUUUAUUCCACUGUUCAACAGUAUCCAAGCAUUGGAAUGACCUCGUCAUCCCAAUUCUAUGGCGCUCACCCGUACCCAACAAGCCCAUUCUCAGUUGUUUGCCUUCAUUUGCCGUGAUGGACAGGAAACACCGCAUCAAGCAUUCGCACCAGGAAUCGCAUUUAUCCCCUGGAUUUCCUAUACAUAUACCACGCUAUGGACAUGCAGUCAAGUCUCUUGAUUUGUCUCAAAUUGCAUCCCAUGUCACCGACUGCACUAUUCGACACAUUAUUCGCUCCUGUCCUCAGCUCACCAGUCUGAAUCUCUCGCAUUGCCGUCUCAUCACCAACGACGGUCUGUAUUAUCUGGGCCGUGCCACACGCAUUGCCAACCAGCUUCAGGUUUUGAGCCUGCAAAAUUGCCGACAAAUCACCGAUGUUGGAUUGGGCCAUCUCACAGCCCAGUGUCAUGGCUUGCAAACGCUUCAUUUGGGUGCUUGUCCUCGUAUUACGAAUGAUGGCAUUAUCAGCCUUGUGACAGCUUCCGGAAACACUAUCCGACGUCUUCGUCUUAGUGAUUGCAGCCACAUGACAGGAUCCACACUCCACGCGAUAGCUCGUUUAUGUGGCCCCAGACUAGAAUGGUUAGAUAUCGCACGUACCAAAUCCAUCAGACACACGCAUUUGGAAGACCUGGUGCAGCAUUGCCCCAACUUGCGUCGACUCAAUGUAUCAAUGAAGAAGCCCAAGCCCCUGUCCGAGUUGCGUGAUCAAUUGAACCGAACAAGAGAGCGCCUGUUCCAUUUGCAUGAAGACAUGACUCAGGCAGUGGAGGAGGAAGAGGAGCAGGAGCAGGAAGAAGAUGCUGUCAAUCCAUUAAACGAGCUCAUUGACCUUUUGAAUCGAUUUAACAUCCAAGCCAAUUUGACCAGCGGAUCAGCGCAACAUCGACAGCUCUUACUCGACCAGCAACAAGUGCGAGAUCCAGUCUGCUUUGCAACAGUGGAAACCAUUACAGUGCAUCUCAAGAAAUUGGAGCACUUGAACCUCUCUCACUGGCAUUGUUUAAAUGACAAGGCAGUGCAUAUGAUUUCAGUCCAUGCUCAUUGUUUGAAUUACCUCAACUUGGUUGGAUGUGAUGGUGUCACAAAGAAAGGACUCAAGUACCUCUCGGACCUCUGUGAAAGAAAAUCAACUUGCAUUACCUUGACUGAUCUGAUGAUCUCCCCAGCAACUUGUUAUUCAUAUGAAAGCGACUCAUCUUCAUCUUCCUCUUGCUUGUCAUCCGAGGAGAGUCGCACCAAAUGGACAUCUACAAAGAAGAACAAAUUGCAGUAUUCCAGAUCCAUUUGA